AAUAAUGAAAAUGACUAGCUCCCGUUGGUUAAUAUAAAUAUGUAUACAACUUCAAUGUGAUUUCUUCGUAUUUGUUCUGAACUACUCAUCGUAGUUAGAUUACUCUGCAUUGUAUUUAUAUAUCAAAGAGGAUGUUUAAAUUAUUUACUCGUUUAUCAUUAGUACUAUUACUAUUCAGUUUUAUCAAUGGAAAUUCGAAUUUUAAAUCAUAUAUUAAUGUAGAACUGGUACAUGGUGGAUCAACUCGUGGAACUGAAGAGAUUGUAGAUAUUGAUGGGAAACAAAUAAAAGUGAACCGUUUCUUGGGUAUACCAUACGCUGUACCACCUACAGGUAAACUACGUUUUGCUCCACCAGUGCAACAUCCUGGUUGGCAAGGUGUACGUGAUGCUAUUCAACUACCUGCAACAUGUUGGCAGUAUAUUUUUGAAGGAUUCGAUGCAAAUAACCCUGCAGGUAGAAUGUGGAUCAAUAAUACCGAAAUGAGUGAAGACUGUUUAUAUCUCAAUGUAUGGACACCUACAAAUGCUGCCAGUAGUAAACGCCCACUUCCAGUCAUGGUAUGGAUAUAUGGAGGGGGAUUUACCUCUGGUAGUGCUAAUCUACAAGUAUACAAUGGAGCUAUACUUUCAGCUACACAAAAUGUAAUCAUAGUUUCUAUGCAAUAUCGUGUUGGUGCAUUCGGAUUUUUACGACUCGAUCCUUUAGUUGGCAGUAGCAAUGAUUACAGUUCCUACGAUGCUAACCGUACGAACAUUAACUCAAGUAUACCAGACCCAGAAGUGGCUUUAGGUAAUCAAGGUAUAUUAGAUCAGUAUAUGGCAUUAUUAUGGGUAAAAAAAAUAUUCAACGUUUCAAUGGAGAUCCAGAUCAAGUGACCAUAUUUGGUGAGUCCGCUGGAGCUGUAAGUGUAUCGAUUCUAUGGUUAUCACCUAUUGCACAACCAUAUUUCAAAAGAGCUAUUCUACAAUCUGGUAGUUUAUAUGCAAGAUGGGGACUGGAUGAACCGUAUGAAGCACAUGAAAAAGCAAUUGAAUUUGCACUUGCUUGUGGAUGUAAAUCGCCAUCAUUAAAUAGAAGGUCAAGUCUGGCAUGUCUUCAGAACCUAGAUCCGCUUACUUUAAUAAAUCAGUUGGACAGCAUAAAUUCUGCAAUUGCUAAACGUCGCUAUAACACCAUCGCUCACUGUCUAAAUCCUAAAACUUUUAUAAGUGAAUCAAUUCUACCCGGUCAGUCUUCCAGUAGUCGACUGUACUUUGAUGUACCCUUCCAGCCAGUUAUCGAUGGGUAUGUUAUUUUAAAACAUCCUGACGCUAUUUUCACCUCGAAAAACACCAGUUUGUUAAAAAAUCAACCGGAACUACUGAUUGGCAUCAAUGAGAAUGAGGCGAUGUUUUUCCUUCUACCAGGAAUGUCAAUAAAACAUACGAAAUUUGUAUACGAAAAUGGAACAAUGUUAAUGCCUCAAACUUUUGACUUAGCCGCCGAAAGAAAACAAUUCAGCGAAGAUGAAGAAAUAGCUGAUUUCUAUUGGAUUACAGCUACACAAAUCCUAGAUGAAUCACAAAUUAGACCUGGUUUAGCCAAAUUACCAUCAUACUUCUACAGUUUACCAUUUCACUCAGGUCCCAAUGAUGGUUAUUAUGAUCCAGAUACAAUUAAACUAACCGGUGAAGAACUUAUCAAACGAUUAGACCGAUUCGCAGGUGAUUUAGACUUUGCUUGUCCAACACUAAACUUUGCUGAUCAAGUUGCCAGAUUACCAGGAGCAAAAGUAUUUCUAUAUCACUUCAACAAACGAACUCAGUCAUUGCCUUUGCCUAAUUGGACUGGUGUUAUGCAUGGUUAUGAAAUCGAAUAUGUCUUCGGUAUGCCAAAUGAUCCUGAAUUUUCAAAGCAGUUUUAUGCUUUUACUGAUGAAGAGAAACAGAUUAGCUCUAGUAUUAUGAAAAUGUGGACAAAUUUCGCUAAAACUGGACAUCCAUCGAAAAGCGAGACUGGUGAAAUUUUUCAACCUGAAUGGCCUUUAUACCGUCGUACAGAUGGAUUGAUAACUAAGGACUUCGAUUAUUUAAUUAUUGGUGAUCAGUUAACACUUGGAAGUGGAUUACGACGUGAUGGGUGCAAAUUUUGGUUACAUGAAAUGAGAGAUAUGACAAAUUUACUUCAAGGCACAUGUAAAAUGGUAUCCAAAGGGAUACGUAUUGCUGAAAAUUAUAUUCUACUCACAGGAUUUGGGUUUUUCAUUUCAAUUGGAUACAUCAGAUGUUAUCUUUGAUACCUGAACAAGUAAUCAUGUUUUAAAACUAUCUACACAUUGAAAAAUGAAAAAAAAAAGUAAAUACAAUUAACGAUGAACUUUAUGCGUAAAAAUAAAGUUGAGCUAUUUAACUAGAGAUAGCUAACUAUAUAAAUAUUUAUAAAAAUGGAGAAAAACAGAGAUGAAUAUACGUUUGUCAGUGGAUAAAAAAAAACACAUUUACAAGCUUUCCUUUGGAGUUAAAUGAUCAAAUAAACGAUCAAGUGAAUUAUUAUUAUUAUUAUGAUUAUCAUUACUAUUAUUUCUGUUAUUAUGACAAACCUACUGCAUUUGUUAUUUGAAGUUAAGAUUGUUAAUUUUAAUUGUAUUAUUUCUGUAUAACUUGUGCAAUCUUUUUACUAGCUCAUAUGUACAUUCUAAUUCAUUUAUAAGUUGUUAUCAACUGUGAAAUAUACAUAAUGUGGAUAUAUUCAUAUAUAUAUCAGUAUAUUUUGAUAUCUUCUAAAAGGAGAUAAAUUAUUCAAUCGAAACUGAUAAAUUAAUCGGUUCUACUUGAUAUUUUAAAUUAACCAUAUCAAGAUAAAUAUGCAACUUCAGAGAUUAAGAAAACCAAUAUGUAGUUUACUUCUGUAUCUAUACUCUUAUAAUCUCUCAGAAAAUGUAUUUGUCAACUGUUGUAUUCUUUCUAUCGUAUUUAUUCAAUCCUUUUUGGGUCUUUAUUUGUUUCAAUUACAAUUACUAUUUGUUAUUGUUAUUGUGAUGUUUAUGAUGAGUGAAAGACACUCAAGUUACUUUCUUAGCAUUAUGAGGUGUAUGUAACUUAUGUAUGUACAUUUCUUUCUAGAAAUUCACUUGUUAACAGUCAUUCACUUUCAAUAAAGUUACUCACUGGGUGGAUGUAAUUCAUUUUCUUUUAGUUAGAGG